AUGGCCGAAGUCGGCGAGGACAGCGGCGCCCGCGCCCUGCUGGCGCUGCGCUCGGCUCCCUGCAGCCCCGUGCUAUGCGCCGCGGCCGCGGCCGCCGCCUUCCCGGCCACCACGUCCCCGCCGCCGCCGCCGGCACAACCUCCACCAGGGCCGCCCGCGCUGCCCGCCGUGCCCGGCCCCGGGCCGGUGCCCUCCACCACCGCCACUGCCACCACCACCGCGCCCGCCCUGGUGGCCGCGGCCGCUGCCUCUGUGCGCCAGAGCCCCGGGCCGGCCCUGGCGCGCCUGGAGGGUCGGGAGUUCGAGUUCCUGAUGCGACAGCCCAGCGUCACCAUCGGCCGCAACUCAUCGCAAGGCUCGGUGGACCUGAGCAUGGGCCUGUCGAGCUUCAUUUCCCGGCGCCACCUGCAGCUCAGCUUCCAGGAGCCUCACUUCUAUCUUCGCUGCCUCGGCAAGAACGGCGUCUUCGUGGACGGGGCCUUCCAGAGGCGCGGAGCGCCCGCCCUGCAGCUACCCCAACAAUGCACCUUCCGGUUCCCGAGCACAGCCAUCAAGAUCCAGUUCACGUCCCUGUACCAUAAAGAGGAGGCCCCAGCGUCCCCCCUGCGGCCACUCUACCCUCAGAUCUCCCCACUGAAGAUCCACAUUCCGGAGCCGGAUCUCCGGAGCCUCGUCAGCCCCAUCCCUUCCCCGACCGGCACCAUCAGUGUCCCCAAUUCCUGUCCAGCAAGUCCUCGAGGGGCUGGGUCGUCCAGUUACCGCUUCGUCCAGAAUGUGACCUCUGACCUUCAGCUGGCCGCAGAGUUCGCAGCAAAGGCAGCCUCUGAGCAGCAAGCAGACACGUCUGGUGGGGACAGCCCCAAGGACGAGUCGAAGCCGCCAUACUCCUACGCGCAGCUGAUCGUACAAGCCAUCUCCUCGGCCCAGGACAGGCAGCUGACACUAAGUGGCAUCUAUGCCCACAUCACCAAACAUUACCCUUACUACAGGACUGCUGACAAGGGCUGGCAGAACUCUAUCCGACACAACCUCUCUCUUAACCGCUACUUCAUCAAAGUCCCUCGGUCGCAGGAGGAGCCUGGAAAGGGCUCUUUUUGGCGAAUAGACCCUGCCUCUGAAGCCAAGCUCGUGGAGCAAGCAUUCCGAAAGCGGAGACAGAGAGGUGUCUCCUGUUUCCGCACCCCCUUCGGGCCUCUGUCCUCACGGAGUGCUCCAGCUUCACCCACCCACCCUGGACUAAUGUCCCCUCGUUCCAGUGGCCUGCAGACCCCAGAGUGCCUGUCUCGGGAGGGCUCCCCCAUUCCACAUGAUCCCGACUUGGGGUCAAAGUUAGCUUCUGUUCCAGAAUAUCGCUAUUCCCAGAGCGCCCCAGGCUCCCCUGUCAGCGCCCAGCCCGUGAUCAUGGCUGUCCCUCCCCGACCUUCCAACUUAGUGGCUAAGCCUGUCGCCUACAUGCCAGCUUCCAUAGUGACCUCACAACAGCCCUCAGGCCACGCCAUCCAUGUGGUCCAGCAGGCCCCCACCGUCACCAUGGUGAGGGUGGUCACCACCUCUGCCAACUCAGCCAACGGGUACAUCUUGGCUAGCCAGGCCUCAACCGGGACCUCCCACGACACAGCAGGCACAGCCGUGUUGGACCUGGGCAACGAGGCUCGAGGUUUGGAAGAGAAGCCCACCAUAGCGUUUGCCACAAUCCCUGCAGCCAGCCGGGUUAUCCAGACAGUCGCCAGCCAGAUGGCCCCAGGAGUCCCUGGACACACAGUCACCAUCCUACAGCCGGCUGCACCGGUGACUCUCGGGCAGCACCACCUUCCAGUUCGGGCUGUCACUCAGAAUGGAAAGCAUGCUGUGCCCACGAACAGCUUGACUGGCAAUGCUUAUGCCCUCACCAGCCCCCUGCAGCUCCUGGCAGCCCAGGCGAGUUCAUCCACGCCAGUGGUCAUCACCCGGGUAUGCGAGGUAGGGCCCGAGGAGCCAACAGCAGCCGUCUCAGUGGCAGCUAAUGCGGUGCCGACCCCAGCCAUCUCCACUGCCACACCUGCCUCUUCCAGCGGGGAGCCUGAGGUCAAGAGGGCCCGGGUAGAGGAGCCCAGUGGGACAGGCACCACACAGCCCACAGCUAUGGCAGCCACCGCCCCUCAGGGCCCGGGGACCGGCGAGUGAAGUGUCACCUGCAGAAAGGUGGAGUGAAUCUCACGCCACAGGAGCCCUAGUGGCCAGCAAGCUGCAUUCAAGGACCGAACGGAGAAGCUCUUGUGCAGGUGGCCGCCAUGCUUGGACAACUUCCUUUUUAUCUCCUGUCCUCCCUUGGUUUGAAACAAACACAUAAACACGUUCAGACAACUUGAUUGUAUGAAUCUGGGGGUUCUGUGUGUUUAUUUACCCCUCUCUCAUGCCAUCGCCUCUCCCCAGUUCUUGGGGGAGAAGGUCUAGCCCAGCGCCUCAGGAAUGGAUCCCAGGCAGCACCCACAGCAAGAGCCUGAGCCCCAGGACUGGACAGAAGCACAGUGCAAGCCCAGGCUCCUCUCCUCGGGAGCAGGCCCAUGGACUUCCUGUUUGUGACUGAUCCAGGAAUAGACCAGAAAACAAAGAACGGCAAGAACUUCCCAGCCACAGGCUAGGAGACAGAGCCCUCUCCCCAAAAGUGACAGAGGUCGUGGCAUUAAUUGGGGUCAGGGAGGUCUACUUUGGCUUUGGACCCUAAAUGUUUCUUUCACCUAAAUAUUGAAUCUGGGCUCAUCUCAAACCUGAGACACACAGAGGGGCCCAUGUGUCUUUGAGGGUCCCUUUUGUAGGCAACCAAGCAACAACAGGCCUGGACACUCACCCACACCAACCCCUGGUGAACAUGCCGCUCUCCCCGAUAACUCCAAGAAGGAUGGGCGGCUCCCACGUUGAUGUAUCAAAGUGCUUUGGGUUGAAAGUCAGCCCAGGGCCAGUGCCUACAGCACUGGAUGAGUCCAGAACUGCAAGCUACAAACAGAUAUCCAGGGAAACCUGAGCCAGCUCCAAGGGAAGUCUGUCGGCCACCCACUCAGCAGGGAGGAUGAUGGUGCCAGCAGAAGACAGCAGGGCAUCUGUGAUGCUCACCUCACGUGUUUCCUCCCACACAGUUUCCUGAGAACCCCAAGACCUGUUCAGUUUGAAUAUGGAAACCCUCUCUUCUACCCGAAGAUGGGGUCCCUGGCCGUCAUCCUCUGGAAAGGAAACUCCCUCUCCAGACAGCAGUCGGUGCCAAGUUUGAUCACAGCUCAGCAGGAACCAAAGCAUGGAUGUCAGCUGAGGACUUGGACCUGGGGAGGUCCCUUUGCAUGCUGGGAAAGCCAGCAGCACUUUAACAUACACCAAGUCUCAUGAGCAGGAGCCAUCGAACGUCUCCCUCUGUGGAAAUUAGAGUUGGUUUUGCAAAAGCAGUCACGGGGCCUGUGCGACAGGAGACAUCAAGGCAGCCAGAGACUCAGUGUUGGUCCUCCUGGACGGUGAUUCCUAAGCAACUGGCAACAGCUCAGACAGAGACCCCAGGAGAGAUGGCCCUGUCCUUGGUAUCAAAUCACCUACCAGCCAGCCUCCUUUCUCUGCCUGGUGUUGGUCAGAAGAGCCCAGAGGGCCCUGUGAACAAAGAGCGGGCUGGACAAGCUGCCUCUGCUGGAAGGGACGAGACCUGGAGUUUCUGGUCACAGAAGAGCAGGUGAUCAGGCUGGAUAAGUCCAAGCUCCCCUGUAUGGCUGCUGCCAUUGAAGCCACCGGUCCCACACACACCAGGGGCCAGUGCAGAGGCCUGCCUCCUCUCUUGAGCUAUCUUCCAAGCUCCCCAGGCAGUCAUUUCUGUAGUACUAAGCUUCAAGCUGGAAGUAAGCUGUGUUUUGAAGGCCUCCUGCCUGUUGCCUGGGAGGUUUCAGAGGACUGGUGCUGGCAUGAUAGUGGCCGGGGGAGGGUUUUCCAGGUGGACCUGCCCUUGGAGUGGGCAGAGGGCCGUCUCACAUCUCCCCUUUGUACCCAGCAUGCACUUGUCUCUGUGUGCCUGGCCUGAGUGCAGGGUUAGGAAAGAAUGAAUGGGGAGGGGUUCUGAGUUGCCUAGGGAGCUGAGGUGACAAGGGAUUCUGGUGCCAGCUGCUGAUCGUCCCCUCCAUCACCUUUACUCCAAGGCUGUCCAUGGUCACCCUCUAAGGCAAAUUAAGAUUGUGGACGGGCAUGGUAGACACUCUGUGCGGCCUCUGCAUGGAACUGUGGGUCACCAAUCGCCACAUCUCUCAUCAGGGCUCCUCAGUCUGGCCCUGAGCAGGUUGCUUUCUUGGUUCCUGAAACACUGUGGGCCCUAUGCUCUGAGGCAGACCUCACCAUUACCAGGGGGUGUGGAAGGAUGUGGAGAAAGAGUGGGAACACACUGUCCCAGCUCCUGGCCUUAAGGCCCAGUUAGACAGUCUGAGCUAGAAAGGAGGACGCCAGUCUGCUGCUGCUGCUCGGGGGUAGAUUUAGUCAUCUACUGAGUAGCACCUGUGGCCUGUGCCAGCUUCUGCCCACAACCCAUAGCCAUAGACCCCAAAGAGCCAGUGCUCAGAUCAGUGGUGCUUCCGUGAGCUCUGAGCCACCAGGUGGUGUUGAGCUAGCUCAUCUGUGGAUGCUAGAGCUGGAAUCGGGAGCCAGGAGGGCCAUGUCCAUCUACUGUGUGGACCAUGCUGGCAACCCUGGAGCACCCCACUAAGCCCUGGGUUGGGGGAACAGUUCAGAAACAGAUAUGAAGCUUGGUGACCUGUUCCACAGGGCACAAAGGGCUCCAGUCUCUGGCAGGGCUUCAUCUGAGCUUGUCUUGUUUUGGUGAGUGUUCCUGGUAGACCAGGUACCUGACUGUCCAUACAUCUUCUCUCUUCUGCUUCAUGUCCAGUACUCUCCAGACUCGUGCUGCAGCCAUAGGAGGUCACCAUGGUGACGGGAAGUGAAGGGACCCUGCCUGGGAGCUUGCCUGCUCACUGUUAUUUCUCCCCAUUUUUCUUCCUUCUCUCUCCCUUCCUUCCACUUCUCCCUUCCCCUUCUCUUCCUGUCUUUCCCUCCCUCCUCCUUGCCUCUUCUGUCUUCUCCCCAUCUCAGCUUUUAGCCUGGCAUCUAGGGCAUGAGAAACAUGUCUAUACCAUCAGCUUUUGAAGCCUUGCCUUCGUGCAAGGUGGUUGUCUGACUCCCUGUCCAGGAGGAAGCCCCAGGGACAUGUCCCUCACUUUCUGCAUUCUUAAAAUCCAAGGACCCAUCACCUCCCCAACGCAUCCUGCACCAGGCCCGCCAGGGUUUGAGGUAGUAGGCACUGUUCAUCUUUCCUCUGAAAGGAAAAAUGGCCGUCUACAAUAUUCUGGGAAAGCUGGAAAUGGGCAGAGCCAGGGGAUGGGUCAGUGUCUUCCCUUAUAGACAAGGGGACCCUUGGACAGUGGUAAAACACUGUAAGGUGGGGCUUAAGGGUCAGUUAAAUGCAAGAAGGAAUCCUUCCCCAUAGAGAGGGACAGCUGAUGGGUGGAUCAGUACUAUUAUUCCUCAGAAUCCUCAAACUUCACGUCACCCACAUGGCAUUGCCACCCUAGGCACCCUGCUCACCCAGUCCCUCCUUCCCAUCCGAACUGCACAGUGCCUGCUUAGGAUACAUAGAAAGGGAUUUGAGUCUGUUUUGGUGAAAGGGCGAUGGCUCAUGUGUGGGAAAUAUCACCUCCUGAUCAGGAGUGGCAAAGUCACCACAGAUGGCCACAGGGUACCCCUCAUUUUAGGUCAGGGUGAUGGAGCGGUCGCCUAUAUCCUCCCCUCCAGUCUCUCAGAAUACCUCUGCUUAAAAGCAAUGUUAUAAAGCAUAAGUCAAGCUGUUCCAAAGAUCGCCAGUGCAGACACCGGCUUCCCGAGGGAAGGGCUUUGGCUUGCGGGGGGGGGGGGGGGGGGGGAGCAUGGCCAAGGCCUUCCACCUGCUGCUUCAGUCCUGUUUCCUUUCAUCUCAGAGUCCUUGCACCGACUUGCUUGUUGGGCUCUGGGCUUUUUGUUUUGUCCUUCGAGGGGAGAGCUAGGCCAGUGCUCUACCACUGAGCUGUAAUCCCAGCCCUUUCGACGUUUUUAAACUUGAGAUGGGGGUCUCACAAAGCUGCCCAGGCUGGCAAGUCCUCUUGCCUCAGCUUCCUAAAUUUCUGGGGUAAUGAGCCUACAUGCUGCCAUGGCCCAGCGCUGUUUGCCUUUUGUUUGUUUUUGUUUUUUUUGUUUUUUUUGUUUUUUUUUUUUCUGUACCAAAAGCUGCUACACUGGUGACACAGCAGGAUGUGGCCUAGGUGCCCCCACAGACUGGCAUGUGGCACCCACUUCCCAUAGCCUGGGGACUGUCAAAGAGACCUGUUCCCGGGGUUGUCACUUCUCCCUCUCUCUCUGCCCUCCCCAUCACCAACCCCUGAGGUCACAGAUGCGGAUGUUGUUUAAAGCAACACAGAGAGAGAAUCCUUUGAAGUAAAACACAGCCCAUUGCACUGACCUCCUUAGGGAGAACAAAGCUCCCUGAGCUGCCCUGGCUGCUUGUCCCACCUGCUCCUCUGCUCUUCACCACUGCCCCAAGCUUCCCUCCAGCAGGCCUCAGCUCUGCCGCUGCAGGAGACAUGUUAGAACCUACUACCCCCAUGGGGUCGGCCACAGCAGCCUGGCCAGGACUGUCCCUCAGAUGAGGGCAGCCACAUGCCUUCUCCAGAGGUACCACCUGGGUGUGAGGCAGGACAGAGGAUUAUGGGGGGAGCGGGGAGUGGCCAACUAGAGGGAGAGCAGUUUGGCAAGAGCUAGGGGGAGGUGAGCUGGUGGGACUGGAGGCAGAGGCCUGCCUCACCCCAUCUUAGCCCUUACAGCUGGUGCAGGCAGUGGUAAAAAGCUGAUCCCUUGGUGAGAAUGUCUGUCUGUCUCUCUCUCUUUCUCUCUCUCUGUAAAUACUUCACUCAGAGUGCUUCAGUCACACUGAAAAGCAGCAUGUGUGUUUCUGGGCUAAGCUGUCAAACACAGGCUGCCUAGGCCCUCCAGGACCACUUCCCCCCAAGCCCUUGUCUGCACCCAGGCCCCACCUUGUGGGAGUUAGAGGAUUAGAAGAGCCUGCUGCUUUACCUCUGGGAACCUGGGCCUCAGGCACCCCAAAGCCUGAGUGCAGACAGUGGCCAGGCGUGGUCCACAACCCCUGUAUGUGAAGCACUUGCCACCAUUAGAGCAUCCUCAGCGCUGUCCCUUGAGUCCCUGGGACUAGCUGACCCUGCUAGAAUGAGCUCUGUGACCCACUAAGUGUUCGCAUUCUCUGUCCUGUAUGUAUCCAAAUGGCACCUUGGCUUCUGAGUCUGAAUCCGCUGGUUUAGAACUUUUGUUUUUGAUUGGUAAAACUGGGAAUUCAAAAAUCUAACAUCUUCAAUAUGGUCCCCCUCUCGCAUCUUCUCUUAAGGUCCUUUGGGGAGGGGCAUUUGGGAUCGAUCCCUGAGAAUACCUUAGCUUGAUUCCUGAGCUGGGAAAGGUGGUGGGUGCGGGAAGGGGUGGCCCCAGCUGUUUCCAGGUCUCUCCUUGGAUUCUGCUGUGUUCUGGGGGGGGGGCGGGCAGCAGCUGUGCACGUGCGAGGGAGGGGCUAAAGCCAAUAGUGAGGUGGUUCUUUUUCUUAACUGAAUGAUAAUUCUGUAAAAGUAAUUGGGUGGGGGGAGGGUGUUCAGGGAGUAUGUGUGUGUGCGCGUGAGAGAGCAUGUGUGAUUUUGUUUUGUUUCGUUUUUUACAGUGGCUGUCAAGUAUUUUCAUGAUAUGUUUAACACGUAGUGCUUUAAAAGCAGUGGUACCCAAUAUGUGGGAAUCCCAGUUCCAGAGAUGGGAGUGCCCCACCUCAGUGAGCGAAGGUCCCACUCUGGAGGGAUAAGAAAGGCCUGCGGACCCCACACCAAGCAGCAACACCUGGGCGUUCAUUUCAAACGGGAUACAGUAUUUUUUUAUAACAGAACCAUCCUUUUUUUAAAAAAAAAAAAGUUUUGACACCUGAAUGUGAUUUCUAACUAUUAUUAGACGUUAAUGUUUUAAAGCUAUAACAAAGUAGAAAUUUCUACUUUCUUUUUCAUUCAUUUGAACUGUUCUUUUAUCUAUUCGGUUGUUGUAUGUGGGUGGGGGAGCUCUGUUUUCUCCUCUUAGCAUCUGUUUCUAUAACCAGAAA